AUGCUCAAGUGCAUCCCGCUCUGGCGCUGCAACCGGCACGUGGAGUCGGUGGACAAGCGGCACUGCUCGCUGCAGGCCGUGCCCGAGGAGAUCUACCGCUACAGCCGCAGCCUCGAGGAGCUGCUGCUCGACGCCAACCAGCUGCGCGAGCUGCCCAAGCCCUUCUUCCGCCUGCUGAACCUGCGCAGGCUGGGCCUGAGUGACAACGAGAUCCAGCGCCUGCCCCCCGAGGUGGCCAACUUCAUGCAGCUGGUGGAGCUGGACGUGUCCCGGAACGACAUCCCCGAGAUCCCCGAGAGCAUCAAGUUCUGCAAGGCCCUGGAGAUCGCGGACUUCAGCGGGAACCCCUUGUCCAGGCUCCCCGAGGGCUUCACCCAGCUGCGCAGCCUGGCCCACCUGGCCCUCAACGACGUGUCCCUGCAGGCGCUGCCCGGGGACGUGGGCAACCUCGCCAACCUGGUCACCCUGGAGCUCCGGGAGAACCUGCUCAAGUCUCUGCCCGCGUCCCUGUCCUUCCUAGUGAAGCUGGAGCAGCUGGAUCUGGGCGGCAACGACCUGGAAGUGCUGCCCGACACCCUGGGCGCCCUGCCCAACCUGCGGGAGCUGUGGCUGGACCGCAACCAGCUGUCAGCACUGCCUCCGGAGCUUGGGAACCUGCGGCGCCUGGUGUGCCUGGACGUGUCCGAGAACCGGCUGGAGGCGCUGCCCACGGAGCUGGGCGGGCUGGCGCUGCUCACGGACCUGCUGCUGUCCCAGAACCUGCUGCAGCGGCUGCCGGACGGCAUCGGCCAGCUGAAGCAGCUGUCCAUCCUGAAGGUGGACCAGAACCGCCUCAACGAGGUGACGGAGGCCAUCGGGGGCUGUGAGAACCUGUCUGAGCUGAUCCUCACCGAGAACCUGCUGACGGCGCUGCCCCACUCCCUGGGCAAGCUGACCAAGCUGACCAACCUCAAUGUGGACCGCAACCGCCUGGAGGCGCUGCCCCCCGAGAUUGGAGGCUGCGCGGCUCUCAGCGUCCUGUCCCUGAGGGACAACCGCCUGGCCGUCCUGCCGCCCGAGCUCGCCCACACGGCCGAGCUGCACGUGCUGGACGUGGCCGGGAACCGGCUGCAGAGUCUGCCGUUCGCGCUCACCCACCUCAACCUCAAGGCCCUGUGGCUGGCAGAGAACCAGGCGCAGCCCAUGCUCCGGUUCCAGACGGAGGACGACGCCCAGACAGGCGAGAAGGUGCUCACCUGCUACCUGCUGCCCCAGCAGCCCCCGCCCAGCCUCGAGGACCCCGAGCCGCGGAGCAGCCCCUCGGGGAGCUGGAGCGACGCCCCCCUCAGCCGCGUCAGCGUCAUCAAGUUCCUGGGGGCCCCCGUGAGCGACGAGGACGCCGAGGAGGCCGCCGCCGAGAAGCGGGGACUGCAGCGCCGGGCCACGCCCCACCCCAGCGAGCUCAAGGUGAUGAAGAGGGCCGUGGAGGAGCGGCGAGGCGAAGCCUGCAGGCCUGGCCCCCGGCCGCCCUCACCCUCGCCCUCGCCCUCGCCCUCGCCCUCGGAGGAGGAGAAGAGGCUGAGCACCGGGUCCGGCCUGAGUGAGGACGCGCCUCUGCCCACCAGCCCCGCCUCCCAGGGUGAGCCCGAGGGCCUGCCGGCCGAGGCAGAGGACCCGCGCCCACCGGCCACCCCGGAGGAGGCCGAGGAGGACGCCUACGAGGAGCCCACGGUGCGGUUCGCCGAGGAGACGCAGCUGCUGCCCGCCGGGGAAGGCGGUGAGAGCGAGGAGGGGUCUCUGGAGGCGCCCUGGGCCCUGCCCGGGCGGCAGCGGCUCACCCGCAAGGACACGCCGCACUACAAGAAGCAGCUCAAGGUGUCGCGGCUGCCGCAGCCCGAGGCCGUUGUGGCGCUGCUGCAGGGCAUGCGGCCGGACGGCGGCUGGCACAACGGCCCGCACGCACCCUGGGCGCCGCGGGCCCAGGAGGAGGAGGGGCCCGAGGACCACGAGGAGGCGGCGGCGGCGGCGGCGGCGGCGGCGGCGGCGGCGGAGGAGGAGGAGGAGGAGGAGGAGGCGGCGGUGGCCUCCGUGCCCUCCGUCAAGGGGGUGUCGUUUGACCAGGCCCAUAACCUGCUGAUAGAGCCCGCGCGCAUUGAGGAGGAAGAGCUGACGCUGACCAUCGUGCGGCAGACGGGCGGCUUGGGCAUCAGCAUUGCAGGCGGCAAGGGCUCCACCCCCUACAAGGGGGACGACGAGGGCAUCUUCAUCUCCCGGGUGUCGGAGGAGGGCCCCGCCGCCCGCGCUGGAGUCCGAGUGGGCGACAAGCUCCUGGAGGUGAACGGCGUGGCCCUGCACAGCGCCGAGCACCACCAGGCCGUGGAGGCGCUGCGGGGGGCGGGCGCCACCGUGCAGAUGCGGCUGUGGCGGGAGCGCAUGGUGGAGCCCGAGAACGCCGUCACCCUCACGCCCCUGCGGCCCGAGGACGACUACAGCCCCCGGGCGCGGCGGGGCCCGCGCCCGCCCCCGCCCGAGAGCCCGGGGCCCCCGCGGCAGCGCCACGUGGCCUGCCUGGUGCGCAGCGAGCGGGGGCUGGGCUUCAGCAUCGCCGGCGGGAAAGGCUCCACGCCCUACCGGGCUGGCGACACGGGCAUCUUCAUCUCACGGAUCGCCGAGGGCGGCGCUGCCCACCGGGCGGGCACCCUGCAGGUCGGCGACCGCGUCCUCUCCAUCAACGGGGUGGACAUGACCGAGGCCAGGCACGACCACGCCGUCUCCCUGCUGACCGCCGCCGCCCCCACCAUCGCCCUGCUGCUGGAGCGGGAGGCAGGGGGCCCCCCUCCGCCCAGCCCCCCGCCUCACUCCCCUGCACCCCCUGCUGCCGACCCCGCCACCGUGGCCCCUGCCACACCAGCAGGCCCUGGGCCUCUGCGGCUGGCCCCCAGCCUGCUCACCGCUGCCCUGGAGGGGCCCUACCCCGUGGAGGAGAUCUGUCUGCCGCGGGCAGGGGGCCCGCUGGGGCUCAGCGUUGUCGGGGGCUCCGACCACUCCAGCCACCCGUUCGGUGCCCAGGAGCCUGGCGUGUUCAUCUCGAAGGUGCUCCCGCGGGGCCUGGCCGCCCGGAGCGGCCUCCGGGUCGGGGACCGCAUCCUCGCCGUGAACGGGCAGGACGUGCGGGAGGCCACGCACCAGGAGGCGGUGGGCGCGCUGCUGCGGCCGUGCCUGGAGCUGGUGCUGCUGGUGCGGAGGGACCCGCCGCCCCCUGGCCUGCGCGAGCUCUGCAUCCAGAAGGCGCCCGGAGAGAAGCUGGGCAUCAGCAUCCGGGGGGGCGCCAAGGGCCACGCGGGGAACCCCUGCGACCCCACCGACGAGGGCAUCUUCAUCUCCAAGGUGAGCCCCGCGGGAGCCGCCGGGCGGGACGGCCGCCUGCGCGUGGGGCUGCGGCUGCUGGAGGUGAACCAGCAGAGCCUGCUGGGCCUCACGCACGCCGAGGCCGUGCAGCUGCUGCGCAGCGCGGGCGACACGCUCACCGUGCUCGUGUGCGACGGCUUCGACGCCCCUGCCGAGGUGUCCCCGGGCGUCAUCGCCAACCCCUUUGCUGGCAUCAGCCGCCGCAACAGCCUGGAGAGCGUGUCCUCCAUCGACCGGGAGCUGAGCCCCGACGGCCCCGGCAAGGAGAAGGAGCUGCCGGGGCCGACGCCGCAGUGGGGACCGGAGGCCGCGGGCCGAGUCCCCAGCAACCUGUUUGCUGGUCCCAUCCCUGCCGUACCGCCUGGGGCUGCUGGAGGGAAGAUGGCUGACGCUCCUCACUCCCCCGGCCACCAACAGCCCCCCUCCCCGCCCUCCCCGGACGAGCUGCCCUCGGAUGUGAAACGAGCCUACCGGACCUUCGCCGCCGUGCCGGCCCCGCACCCGCCCCCGGACCCAGCUGCCCCGCCCUGCACGCCGGGCCGCACCGCCUCCCCGGAGCAGCUGUCCUUCCGCGAGCGGCAGAAGUACUUUGAGCUGGAGGUGCGGGCGCCGCAGGCCGAGGGCCCCCCCAAGCGCGUGUCCCUGGUGGGCGCCGACGACCUGCGGAAGAUGCAGGAGGAGGAAGCCCGGAAGCUGCAGCAGAAGCGGGCGCAGAUGCUGCGCGAGGCGGCCGACGCGGGGCUCGCGGACGGGGAGGCCCCGGACAGCGAGGAGCCCGAGGACGAGCCUCCGUGGGCUGGCGCCCCCGCUGCAGGGCUGCUCCCCACGUCCCCGGCGCCCCUGGGAGGCAGCGCCCCGGUGCGGACGGCCAAGGCGGAGCGGCGCCAUCAGGAGCGGCUGCGUGUGCAGAGCCCGGAGCUGCCGGCGCCCGAGCGGGCCCUGUCUCCGGCCGAGCGCCGCGCGCUGGAGGCCGAGAAGCGAGCACUGUGGAGGGCGGCCAGGAUGAAGUCCCUGGAGCAGGACGCCCUCCGCGCGCAGAUGGUCCUCAGCAAGUCCCAGGACGGCCGCGGCGGCAAGCGGGGGCCCCUGGAGCGGCUGGCCGAGGCCCCCUCGCCCGCGCCCACCCCGUCGCCCACCCCCCUGGAAGACCUCGGCCCGCUGACUGGCAGCUCGCCGGGACGCCUGUCCCCGGACUUGGCGGAGGAGCUGCGGUGCCUGGAGCCGUCUCCCAGCCCCGGCCUGCAGGAGGAGGACGGAGAGGUGGCCCUGGUGCUCCUGGGCAGGCCUUCCCCGGACGCCGUGGGCCCUGAGGACGGGGCCCUGUGUAGCAGCCGCCGCCCCCUGCGGCCGGGGCGCCGCGGCCUGGGCCCCGUGCCCUCCUAA